AGCAGGUGCUCGUGAUAUAUUAACUUAGUGCAACACACCUACGUAUUUAGUUUGCCCCGAGACGUUCAAGAUGCAAGGACUCCGUGUCUCUGCAUUCGCUGUGGUUGUUGUAGCCGCUUUGCUGCCCCAGGUGUCAUCCGAAGCGGUUGCGUAUUCCUGCACCCGGUCCCAGCGAUACACUCGUUCGUGUGGAUUUUGGGGACUUUCUCGCUGCACUUCAUAUAGGAGCGUAGCGUCGACCUGCUACAGACAGAGACCAGUGAAUGGUGGCUGGACAGACUACGGACAAUGGACGAAUGACACUGUCUGCACACAAACGUGUAGUGGAGGAUCCAUGGUGAGAUCUCGUACACGCUCGUGCACCAAGCCGACACCUGCGCACAACGGUGCGCAGUGCUCUGGCCCUACCAUAGAUACCCAGACAAUCCGAUGUAACGAACAGAUGUGUCCAGUUGAUGGUGGAUGGAGUGACUACAGCGCGUGGACAGACUACAGCACGUGCACUACUACAUGUGGAGGAGGAUCCCAGUUCAAGACCAGAGACAGGACGUGCACCAACCCCGCCCCAGCCUACGGAGGCCAGGAGUGUGUCGGAGAUGUCAGGGACAGAUCUGAGAGGGACUGUAACACUCAUCCCUGUCCAAUUGACGGUGGCUGGACGGACUGGGAAGAGUGGCAGGACCUGGAUGAGUGCAGUGUCCUGUGUGGAGGAGGCAACAAGGACCAGGACCGCUCCAGGAACUGUACCAACCCCACCCCGGCCUUCGGGGGAGCCGACUGUGACGGAGACAGCUACCAGAACAGGACCAUCAUCUGCAGCACCGAGGAGUGUGGAGAACGUUGUCCAGAAAAUGAGACCACCUACCACGCCCACGCCACCAAUGAGAGGCGCUUCUUCCAGUGCAGCAACGGCGUGGCCCAUCGCCAUCAGUGUGCAGAAGGUACCGUGUAUGACUCCGCCAUCUCCGCCUGCAAACAUGCUGCCACCACUGCAGCAACCACGACGGCGGAGUCCUGUCCCAGCACUGGUGUCGUCAUGAUCGCCCACGAGAGUGACUGUACCAAGUUCUACAUGUGCUCUAACGGCAUCAAGUAUCCCAUGGUCUGUCCGGCCACCACUCGGUACGAUGUCAGCUUGAAGGUCUGCACCCACAAUAAUGGCGAAUGUUAGACACUGAUAAAUGACACAUGUUCAUCAUGAUUGCAUCUGAAGUGUUUUAACGCAGAAAUAAUACCACAUAAAUGUAGUCAAUAUCAAUGAUUUAUGGUUCCAUAAGAUAAAUAAAUUAACAUGUAUUUGCUUUCA